CAAAAAGGUAAAAGAAAAGUGAUCUCCAAAAGAAACAAAGUUAAAAAUAGCAGAGAGUGAUUGCUCAGCGGGUACAGAAGAAGGAGGGGUCUCUCUUUCUUUUUCCGAGUGUUGGGUCACACCUUCUUUUAGCAAUGCCAGGGCCUUUCGUCUCCCACGCCCUCUGAAAAAUGCAGAUUCGCUAACAUUGUGUAGCAAGGGCUUGGUUCUUAUGGGGGGUUUGAUCGAUCUCAAUACUACGGAGGACGAUGAAACGCCGUCGUCUCUUUCCUCGGCGGCUUCGUCUUCGUCCUCUCACUCUGGUGUUGUAACUACUGCUUUGGCCCCUUCUUCUAACGCUGUGUGCUUGGAGCUAUGGCACGCAUGUGCGGGUCCAAUGAUCUCGUUGCCCAAGAAAGGAAGUGUUGUUGUGUACUUCCCACAGGGCCACUUGGAACAGCAGCUUCAGGAUUUUGCGGUCGAGGCCUGUAAUAUCAAUUUCCCAUCUCAUGUUUUCUGUCGCGUACUUGAUGUUAAGCUCCAUGCCGAGGAAGGGAGCGAUGAAGUGUAUUGCCACGUCUCGUUGGUUCCUGAGAAUGAGCAAGUGGAACGAAAACUGCCAGAAGGAGAACUUGAUGCUUAUGUCGAAGAGGAGGAUGCUGUUGCUGUGGUGAAGUCCACGACACCCCACAUGUUCUGCAAGACUCUGACAGCUUCCGAUACUAGCACUCAUGGUGGGUUUUCUGUGCCUCGCCGAGCUGCUGAAGAUUGCUUCCCUCCCCUGGAUUACAACCAACAGAGACCUUCACAGGAGCUUGUGGCAAAGGAUCUGCAUGGCCUGGAAUGGAGGUUCCGACAUAUUUACCGAGGUCAACCAAGGAGGCAUUUGCUCACCACUGGAUGGAGUGCAUUUGUAAACAAGAAGAAGCUUGUAUCUGGAGAUGCUGUGUUGUUUCUUAGGGGCGAGGAUGGAGAACUGAGAUUGGGAAUUCGUAGGGCUGCUCAAUUGAAAAGUGGUGGUACUUUAUCAGUUCCAUCUGCUCAUCAGUUGAAUCCUAGCACUCUGAUGGAUGUGGUUAAUGCUUUAUCCACAAAAUGUGCCUUUAACGUGUAUUAUAAUCCCAGGGUUAGCUCAUCAGGAUUCAUAAUACCCCGUCACAAAUUCUUGAAAAGCCUUGAUCAUUCAUAUUUGGUUGGAAUGAGGUUCAGGAUGCGUGUUGAAACUGAUGAAACUACAGAGAGAAGGUGCACUGGAUUAAUUGUUGGAAUGAGUGAUGUGGAUCCUAUUAAAUGGCCUGGAUCAAAAUGGAAAUGCCUGGUGGUCAGGUGGGAUGACAUUGAAGCCCCUAGGCAUAAUAGGGUUUCCCCUUGGGAGAUUGAGCCAUCUAGUUCUGUUCCCACUUCCAAUGCUUCCGUGGCAGCUAGUUUUAAGAGGAACAGGAUUGGUCUGCCUUCAGAAAAGGCUGAAUUACCAGUCCUGAAUAGGAUUGGAGGAUCAGACUUUGGGGAAUCAUUGAGGUUCCAGAAGGUCUUGCAAGGUCAAGAAAUAUUGGGCGUUAAUACCCCAUAUGUUGGUAUCAGUGCCCAGAGUCACCAAUUAUCUGAAAGCAGGUGCUACCCUGGAUCAAACUGUUCCAGAAUUGUAGCAACAGGAAACAAUGUCAGGGCCCCACAAGUGAGUUCUGACAUUUCAUGCCAUGGCAUAGGCUUUAGUGAAUCCUCACGAUUCCAGAAGGUCUUGCAAGGUCAAGAAAUACUUCCAAGCCAACCAUACAGAGCCUUGUCUGUCAAUGAGGCUCAUAGAACUGGCGGCUUUGGAAUCUUUGAUGGUUGUCAAUUGCUGGGCUCCAGAAAUCAAUGGUCUACCCAGAUGCUGGACAAUUCUUCCCAUAUGCAUCCAUCUGGGCCAGUUUCAUCCCCAUCAUCUGUUCUGAUGUUCCAGCAAGCAGCCAAUCCAGUUUCCAACCUUGAUUAUGGGAAUAAAAGUAAUCAAGAGAUGGAAAGAAAAAUGCACCACCGAGGUUCGUAUGUUUCUGAAGUGAAUGCUAGAAAAUUAGCGCAAUCCCCAUCUUAUGAGCCUGGUUCCUGUGGGCAAGUUCAGGAAGGAAUGAAUUCUUUUGCCACGUCGAAUUUUCAUAAUCAUCUGGUCACGGCAAGUUCAGAUGAUUCUAUUUUGCCACUGACAGGUAGCCGAGAGUUGGCUUCUUCAUGUAAAAGUAGCUGUAGACUCUUCGGUUUUUCAUUAACCAAGGAAAAUCAUAUUGCCCAUGAAGAAGCACGCUCCUCUACAAUCACCUGUCAAUUAAAUUCCGGACCUUCCUUUCUAAGACAUGUUGGGGAUGAACUUCAGCUAGGGCCUUCACUCAGGAACAAGGCGGCUGGAAGCAACUGUACCAAAGUAAGCAACCUAAAUCCUGGAGUGCUUCGGUAUUGACUAGAGUCUAAUGAAGCAUGUUUGCAGAAUGAUGCUGGCAUGAAGGCUAGCAAGAGAAUGUGGAUAGAUGAUAAAGUAAUAGAAUUGCAUAAAAACUCAGUAUUUUGCCAAGGGAAAAAACCUAUAUUUGUUUUCUAUAUUCCCAGGAUUUAUCUAAGCUGUUAAGGUCCAAACCAAACUACUUGUAUGAAAUAUUAAUCUGAGGCAUACACUUCUUAUGUGAACUUUUAGACGAUCCCUGAAAUAUGAAGCAUCUUUAUCUUCAUCUGAUAUGUACCAAUCAUAGUUUGACUAGUA